AUGCUGGAAACCUACAAGAACCUCAUUUCUAUAGGAUACAUUUGGGAAGACCAUAACACUGAAGAACUUUGGCAAUGUUCUAAAAGACAUGCAAGGAUUGAAAGAAACCAAAAUGGUGAGAAGAAACUUUCAGUGUAUACUCAGUGUGUUAAAGCCUUUUCUGAUGACAGCCACUUUCUAAAGAAUGAAAAAACAAAUACUGGAAAAAAACGGUCUAAAAUUACGCAGUGUGAUAAAGACAUUGUUCUUUAUGAAACUCAUCAAAGUCAUAAAAGAACACAUACUGGAGAGAAGCCUUAUGAAUGCGAUCAGUGUGGUAAGGCCUAUGCAUGUGAAACUGAACUUCAAAAGCAUAAAAGAAUACAUACUGGAGACAAACCCUAUGAAUAUAAUCUGUAUGAUAAGGCCUUUGCAUGUUACAGUGAUCUUCAAAGCCAUAAAAGAACACAUACUGGAGAGAAACAUUAUGAAUGUAACCAAUGUGGUAAGGCCUUUGCACAAAACAGUCAUCUUCAAAGGCAUAAAAGAACACAUACUGGAGAGAAACCCUAUGAAUGUAAUCAGUGUAAUAAGGCCUUUGCAUGUCACAGUGAUCUUCAAAGGCAUAAAAGAACACAUACUGGAGAGAAACCCUAUAAAUGUAAUCAGUGUGGUAAGGCCUUUGCACAACACAGUAAUCUUCAAGUACAUAAAAGAAUACAUACUGGAGAAAAACCUUAUGAAUGUAAUCAUUGUGGUAAGGCCUUUGCACAUCACAGUUAUCUUCAAUUGCAUAUAAGAACACAUACUGGAGAGAAAUCAUAUGAAUGUAAUCAGUGUGGUAAGGCCUUUGCAUCUCAGAGUAGUCUUCAAAAGCAUAAAAGUACACAUACUGGAAACAAACCUUAUAAAUGUAAUCAGUGUUGUAAGGCCUUUGCAUGUCACAGCGAUCUUCAAAGGCAUAAAAGAAUACAUACUGGAGAGAAACCUUAUGAAUGUAAUCAGUGUUGUAAGGCCUUCGCAUGUCACAGCGAUCUUCAAAGGCAUAAAAGAAUACAUACUGGAGAGAAACCCUAUGAAUGUAAUCAGUGUGGUAAGGCCUUUACACGUCACAGUCAUCUUCAAGUGCAUAAAAGAACACAUACUGGAGAGAAACCCUAUGAAUGUAAUCAAUGUGGUAAGGCCUUUGCUGAAACCAGUACUCUUCAAAAGCAUAAAAGAACACAUACUGGAGAGAAACCAUAUGAAUGUAAUCAGUGUGGUAAGGCCUUUGCAACUCAGAGUAGUCUUCAAAAGCAUAAAAAUACACAUACUGGAGACAAACUUUAUGAAAGUAAUCAAUGUUGUAAGGCCUUUGCAUGUCACAGCGAUCUUCAAAGGCAUAAAAGAAUACAUACUGGAGAGAAACUCUAUGAAUGUAAUCAGUGUGGUAAGGCCUUUGCAUGUCACAGUCAUCUUCAAGUGCAUAAAGGAACACAUACUAGAGAGAAACCUUAUGAAUGUAAUCAGUGUGGUAAGGCCUUUGCAACUCAGAGUAGUCUUCAAAAGCAUAAAAAUACACAUACUGGAAACAAACCUUAUAAAUGUAAUCAGUGUUGUAAGGCCUUUGCAUGUCACAGCGAUCUUCAAAGACAUAAAAGAAUACAUACUGGAGAGAAACCUUAUGAAUGUAAUCAGUGUUGUAAGGCCUUUGCAUGUCACAGCGAUCUUCAAAGGCAUAAAAGAAUACAUACUGGAGAGAAACCCUAUGAAUGUAAUCAGUGUGGUAAGGCCUUUACACGUCACAGUCAUCUUCAAGUGCAUAAAAGAACACAUACUGGAGAGAAACCCUAUGAAUGUAAUCAAUGUGGUAAGGCCUUUGCUGAAACCAGUACUCUUCAAAAGCAUAAAAGAACACAUACUGGAGAAAAACCUUAUGAAUGUAAUCAGUGUGGUAAGGCCUUUGCAACUCAGAGUAGUCUUCAAAAGCAUAAAAAUACACAUACUGGAGACAAACUUUAUGAAAGUAAUCAAUGUUGUAAGGCCUUUGUAUGUCACAGUGAUCUUCAAAGGCAUAAAAGAACACAUACUGGAGAGAAAUCCUAUGAAUGUAAUCAGUGUUGUAAGGCCUUUGCCUGUCACAGUCAUCUUCAACUGCAUAAAACAACACAUACUGGUUAG